AUGCUGCGGCUACUGCUGCCCUUGCUGUGGGCAGGGUCCCUGGCUCAGAAGAAAGGAUACACUCUGAAGGUACAGACGCCCAUGACAGUGCAGGAGGGCCUGUGUGUCCAGGUGGCCUGCAACGUGUCCUAUGCCAAGGAUGGGUGGACUGACUCUACACCAGCUCACGGCUACUGGUACAAGGGAGAGUCAGAUGCAUCUGACAAGGUUUUAGUGGCCACAAACAACCCGAAUCAUAAAGUGCAGGAGGAGACCCAGGGCCGAUUCCACCUCCUGGGGGAUCCCAGAACCAACAACUGCUCCCUGGACAUCAGAGACGCCCGGAGGACAGAUAAUGGAAUUUACUUUUUUCGGGUGGAGAGAGGAAAUUCUGCUAUAUAUUCUUACACAAUGUACAAGCUCACCGUGCAAGUGACGGCCCUCAACCACACACCCGACAUCCUCAACCUGGGGAUCCUGGAGAGUGGCCGCCCCAGGAGCCUGACCUGCUCUGUGCCCUGGGCCUGUGAGCGGGGCACGCCCCCCAUCUUCUCCUGGACGUCAGCUGCCCACACCUCCCUGGGUCCCAGGACCCGUCUCUCUUCUGUGCUCACCCUCACCCCACGGCCCCAGGAUCACGGCACCAACCUCACCUGUCAGGUGCAUUUUCCUGCCGUUGGUGUGACCGUGGAGAGAACCAUCCAGCUCAACGUCACCUACUCUCCACAGAACUUGACCAUAACUGUCUUCCAAGGAAAUGGCUCAGCACCCACAGUCCCGGAGAACGGCUCGUCUCUUUUGGUCCCGGAGGGCCAGUCCCUGCGCCUGGUCUGUGUGGGCAACAGCAACCCCCCUGCCAGGCUGAGCUGGGCCAAGGGGAACCUGAACCUGAGCUCCUCCAGGCCUGGGGUCCUGGAGCUGCCUCCAGUGCAGGCCGGGGAUGAAGGGGAGCUCACGUGCUGGGCCCACAACUCUCGGGGCUCUCUGCACUCCUCCCUGAGCCUCUCUGUACAGAGGAGAGCCGGGGCAUCAUCAUCAUCAUCAUGCUCAUCAUCGGGAGUGAUGCUGGGGGCAGUCGGGGGUGCAGGUGCGACCACCCUGCUCUUCCUGGUCUUCUGUGCCGUCUUUAUCAUAGUGAGGUCCUGCAGGAGGAAAACGGCAGGGGCAGCAGCGGGCACGGGGGACACGGGCACGGAGGGUGCAAACGCCGCCCAGAGGCCAACCCCUCAGGGUUCUCUGAAUAAAUCCCAGCCAGACAGCCGCCUAGAGCACCUUCCCCCACCUCUGGCUGUCCCCUCCUCAGGGAAGAAAGAAGAGAUUCAAUACGCAACCCUCAAAUUUCAUAAGAUAAAGCCUGGGAGCCCUCAGGAACAGGAGGGCGGCACUGAAAACGAGUACUCGGAGAUCUUGAUGUGAAAGUGGGAACUGCGGAGAAUUAAAAGCC